AUGUUCUACUCGCAGCGCCUGCUGUCGAGAAAAGGGCCGUUGGGCGGCAUUUGGGUUGCCGCCUACUCGUUCAAAAAGCUCAAGAGGUCGCAGGUCAACCAGACCGACAUCUCCUCCUCCAUCGAUGAAAUUUUGCAGGAUGAAUGGGAUGCUGUUGCGUACAGGGUACUGGCCUACCUUCUUCUUGGCGUCGUUCGAAUAUUCUCAAAGAAAGUUGAAUAUCUGUAUGAUGACUGCAGUGAAGUGCUGGUUAAAAUCAACAAAUUUGUAGUCAGCACAAAAAAGAAUGCAGGCGCAGAUAAGCUGCGUGCACCUUAUUACGCUGUUACGCUACCUGAUAGGUUUGAACUUGAUGCUUUCGAUCUGGGGAUCCUUGAAAUUGAAGAUGUCAGUGGAGGCAAUGUGGUGGCUGAUGAAGAAAUCACAUUGAAAGAUAGUGCGCAGGGGAAUGGAAGAGGACAAUUUUAUUCAGAAAUGCAUGAUUACGAGGAAUUUGGUGCCUGUGACACCCCAGUCAAAGAUGUACUUUCGUCUCACUGGUUGGGUUUUGACACUGAGCUAAGAGCAUCGAGUAGUGGAACCAAGUCAGCGGCAGUUGUGGCGAAGUUUCAAGAGAAAGUGUUCUAUCAAGAAGAAUGCGCUGAUCUAGAAACAACUUUUAGAGUUGAGGACGAACCUCCAAGACAAGUUAAACCAUCUGGUGAAGGUCAAGAAACUAAUGUAGCACUUUCUGAAGUUGCUAUUCGAGGACAAGCAAACCCGGGGGAAAAGCUUCAAGACCUUAGGUUGUCUCCCGAAGGUUUGAACCUUGAGACAUUCGAUGGGACUGAGAGAGAACCUUCCCACCAUGUUAUUAAAUCAUCCAGUGAAGGUCAUCAAAUUGAUCGGGAGGAGAUUAUGGAACCAGAGUUGGUACAACCAGAAAGUCAGACAUGUCCAAAUAUAGUACAAGACCAUAAUCUAAUCACCGUAGAAGCUGGCAUGGAAAAGUUGCAGAGUUGUACAGUUUCUCAAGAAGAGUACAUGGACAUUGAUACAUUUAAUGAGGCGAAGCAACCUCGAGAACUUGUUUGUUCAUCUGGUCAAGCAAAUCAUAACGAUGGAGAGCCAAAAAAAUUACCCGAGAUGAUUUCACCGGAUAGUAAAGAACGUCAAAUUAUCAUGCAAGAAGAUCGAGAUCCUCUCUCUGUUUCAUGUGAUGGAACUCCUGGUGUCAAAAUCCCCGAUGCAGGUACAACAUUGUCAAUUCCUUAG